AUGUGGCCGAAGAAGACCAAAUCCAACAACCACGAUCAGAGGGAAGACAGAACGCUGGCGGGAAGCAGAGAAAGAGCGCCCAGGAAGGAGGGAGGCCAGUCCAAAAGAAGGGCAAUCGUCGUCGAGGACAUCGAGGACACCGAGGACGAGGACAUCGAGGACACCGAGGACGAGGACAUCGAAGGGCAUACGUUAGUUGGUUAG